AGUUAGUUCCGUUAACAUGUUUCUGUUACUUUUCCCCUUAUUCCUUCUUGGUCUUGGAAAGGCGGUUAACGUCAAAGACAAUAAGACGCUCGUCUCGGUCACUCGCCGAUCUCCUCCCAGUGGUAUAGUCUCAAUAUCGUCAACCAGAGAAUCGAUUGUGCAUGAUGCUGUUGACGUCAGUGCAAUCCCUCACAUGCUUGCUAACAAUGUGGGCAAUUUGCGUCGGCUCAGUGACAGCCGAUUGGCUGCUGUUGAACGUUGCCUGCAGAACCCACACGCCGUUGAGACAUUGGCUAUGAUUGGUGUUCAGAGUGUCGACACUCUGUCCGAGGACUGUCCGGUCAGCUUAGAUGAAGUGAAGGCCUACCUCGAGGAAGCUGGUGACGAGCUUGGUUUGGACGUCUUAUGCGAACCCAAUAUUGAGAUGAGGAUCGUUGAUGGUGUAAAUGAGGCAAGAAUUGCCGAUGCAACUGAACAAGUGGCAGGUUGGUUCGGCAACAGUCCCAAGUCCGAUGUGGAUUCGGACGACCCGUUGGCUCGAUAUCAGGACAAUCUGCAGCUGAUAAACAUCGAUGGUGCCUGGAGGAACGUUGACAAUUCUGGUAAGACUCCUCAAGAGAUCAUCCUCGCCAUCGUUGAUACCGGCGUGGAUAGUUCGCAUCCUGACCUCAAGGACCAGAUGUGGACAGCGUCUGAUGGCUCCCACGGCUACAACUUCGUGGAUAACGACGAGAAUACUUCUGACCUGAAUGGUCACGGUACUCAUUGUGCCGGUAUUGCGGCAGCUCAGACUGAUAAUGAUGUUGGCAUUGCAGGCAUCGCUGACGUUAAGAUCAUGGCCUUGCGUGCUUUCGGCGCUGAUGGUACUGGCGGUAUGUUAGCCACUCUCAACGGCCUUAACUGGGCAGUUGCUCAUGGGGCUACAGUAUCAUCUCAUUCAUACACUGCUGAUGGGUCUAGCAGAGUUUUCUUGCAGGCUAUCCAGAACGCUGCCAAAGUCGGACAUAUCGUUGUGGUAGCAUCUGGUAAUGACGGUGUCAAUGUUGAUGAGGAUCCCAGGUUUCCCUGCUCCUUCACCACUCAAGUACCCUCUAUGAUGUGUGUGGGCUCUACCUCGUCCAUUGCUCCGCCUAAGGUAUCCUUCUUCUCGGAUACGGGCUCUGCAGUUAAUAUUGCUGCGCCUGGAGAGAAUAUUGUUUCGACUUGGCCAGGCGACAGAUAUGCUGUUCUGGAUGGCACUUCCAUGGCCACCCCUCAUGUAGCUGGUGUUACAGCUAUGCUCGCGACAUUGGGCUUGAAGGGUCAAGAUUUGACGAAUACUGUCCUUGGCAGUCAGUCGCAAAAGCUCGUGGCCAAUGGCACUACUAUGAACUUUGGUGAGCUGGAUGCUCAGAAUGCAGUUCUUAUGUCUCUAAAUACCAGUUCACCCAGUGGAGUUACCACUUCUCCACCCACCUCGUCUUCCUCUGCUAGGUCUCUAUGCGGUUCAUUCUUCUCUGUGGCUAUUGGACUUGCCUUAGCGAUGAUGUAAUGCCUUAGGCAUUAGCCAGCUGGGUCCUCUAGUGACGAUUUUGUAUAGCUCGCAUCGUCUGAGACGCUGUAGUUCUUCUUUUGUUACUUCUAUGGGUGAUUUCCUACCAUGGUGAUAGAAUACUGAUGUUGAAGGAUUCUUUGUUUU